UCCGUCGGCAUCAUCGCCACGAUGCGCGCAUGCUCCCUAACGGGAGAAGGCACUUCUCCGAGGGGGAAGCAAGAGGGCAAAGUCGAACCGGGCAUGCAAGUGAAUCGCGAGAGCGGGAGGUAGCCGAGCCGCGCCCCCUCCCUGCCUCUCCUUGCCCUGCCCCGCAUCAGCAGGACCGCCAAAGCCCGCGCCAUGGUGCUGGACAGCUUAGCCCGCAUUAUCAAGGUGCAACUGCCCGCCUACCUCAAGCGCCUGCCCAUACCAGAGAGCAUCAGCGGCUUCCUCAGGCUGACAGUUUCAGAAUGGCUGCGGUUAUUGCCUUUCCUGGGUGUCCUCGCUCUACUCGGAUACCUUGCGGUUCGUCCAUUCCUUCCGAAAAAGAAACAGCAGAAGGAUAGCUUGAUUAAUCUCAAAAUUCAAAAGGAGAAUCCCAAAGUAGUGAACGAAAUCAACAUUGAGGAUCUGUGUCACACUAAGGCAGUAUACUGCAGGUGUUGGCGCUCAAAAACAUUUCCUGUCUGUGAUGGUUCUCACAAUAAGCAUAACGAGUCAACGGGAGAUAACGUGGGUCCAUUGAUACUCAAGAAGAAGGAAGUCUAGCAACUCCGUUACUGGAAGGAAGGUCAUCUGUUACCCCAUCUGUGGUAGUGCUCUCAGUCUAAGAAUUACUGUAGCCUUGACUUUUGAUAUCUUUUUAGGUUUCUUUAGAUGUAUAGACUGGCUAAAGAAGUUUUAAUAUUUUUUAUGGUCUGAAAAAUGUCUACUAUUUACAAGAACGUGCCCCUAAACAUCGGUGUCAAUCAGUGUAACAGAAUUACCAUUCCCAGAGUUUCAUUUAACCUGUUUGGUAUGAACAUUCUGUAAUAAAACAUUAGACUAUA